AUGAGCACUGUACUGGGAGAAACCUCGACGCCGAGUUCCUUACUUAACUUUGUGAGCAUGGCCACUAGCAACCUUAAAUUCGCCCUGGAGAAACCCGUUAAACCAAAAAGAAAAGUAAACCACAGAAAAUAUCUACAACGCCAACUGAAAGGACGUGGAGUAUCUUAUAAAAUGUCAUCCGAAAGUUCUUGGCAUAGCCAAGAACAGUUACUUGAUCACGUCUUCAUCGCAGUUGAACAGGAAAACGAUGUCGCGCUCACGGCGUCGAAGACUGCACCGAGUAAAAACCGUGCCGAAAACGUUGAAGGCCAAAAAAAUAACGCACUUGGGGUUAUUCAGAAAAAGCCCGAGCAAGGAAAAGAAAAGACUUUAGAAAUUUCAAGGAAUCAAGAAAUCAACGAGCGAAAGAGUACCCAGUCAUCGCUUUUCACUUCACCCCAGCCACCACUUCGAAAACGAAAGCUUCCCGACUCGUUUUGGAGCGAACCAUCAAAAACACCGCGACAGCCGCAUCAAAACACUCGUCACUCCUCAGCAAAUUUUCCUGGAAGCGAUCUUCAACGCACUGACUUUGAAAUUUUGCACUGGCUUCGCCCUGAACUUGAUGAUUUUAUAGAGCGCUGGUCGGAAGAAAGUGAGUGUGCUUCAAAUAAUUCUAGCCGUCCAGCUAGCCUAUCUGAUAACACAUCAACCGCCGAUCCGUAUUCACCGUCUUCCGAAACAUCCGAUAAUAUCGUUAUGGACGAAUUUUUUGAGCAGCGUGUUCCAUUUUCGUUCGAUGCUUCUACUAGAAGUAAUACUUCUAUUUUAAACGUACAACAACCGAGAAAUUGCAUUUUUCACAAUACAGACAGUACCAUGAGCGGUAACUUAUGGCAAGAUUAUGGCCUUAAACAUACGACCAACGCAUCAACUUACUUUAAUGGAUAUUACAAUUUUUCGGAGCCCACGUGGAACACCGUGCAAGCUCAAGGAAAUUAUUUUGGCGGUGGAUAUACUAUUUUAUCCUAA